UUUUCUAGCUGAAAGUACAGAAAAUCGUGUGAAAAUUCUUUGUUACUUGCAUAAGUUUUUAAUUCUUAAUUAAAAUAAUUAAAAUGAAAACUCCACUCAGCCAGAAGUCGGCCUUCUUUGCCGAAUACUAUCUAAAGCUAAAGGAUCAGGCAGGUGCCACUUGCGAGUCGGAUAUAGCCAAGUUAUCGGCCUGUGGCAGUGAUGAGGAGCGCGUGGCCUAUGUGGAAAAGUUACCAUGGGUGCAGGCUGGGGAUGCCAACCUGGUGGUGAACCAGGAAUUCACCGGCAAGAGCGCCGUUUUGGCAGCAGAGAUCAAGGAGUCGGCCACUGCAGCCUUCAAGGCCAAAAAGUGGCUGGAGGCCAUGGUUCUUUACACCAGAAGCUAUCUGGCGUUGCCCAAUGAAAAUGUGGCUGAAAUACGUAUUGUUUUGGCCAAUCGAUCGGCUACCUUGUACCAUCUUCAAAAAUAUCAAGAAUGCCUCAUAGAUAUCCGCAGAGCCUUGGAUUUGGGCUAUCCCAAAGACUUGGUCUACAAACUCUACGAACGUCAAGCCCGUUGCUACAUGGCUCUUAAGGAUUAUCCUCAUACAAUUGAAGCUUUCAAAAAAUGCAUCACCACCAUGGAUAACUCUACCUUGACCUCCGACAAGCGCUCCAAACUCAACCUGGAUGCCAUGACCAUGAUCAAAAUGUUGCAACACGAUCCCCGAACUGCCAAGCAGGAAGCCAAACAACAAAAGCGUAAGACUACUUUGGAUCAGGCUCAGAGUCUGCCGGAGGAGAAGGAGUUUGUGAGUCCUUUGGUGAGGAUUGAUCGGAAUCGGCAAGAGGGUCGUUUUGCCAGGGCAGCUGCCGAUGUGAAAGCUGGCGAAGAACUUCUCGUAGAACGUCCUUUCGUCUCGGUCCUCUUGGAGAAAUUUGCCAAAACCCAUUGCGAGAAUUGCUUUGUGAGGAGUGUGGUUCCUGUGGCCUGUCCCCGGUGUGCUGAUGUCAUUUAUUGUUCGGAACAAUGUCGUGAAGAGGCAGCUAAAAAAUUUCAUAAAUACGAGUGUGGCAUAGUCCCCAUUCUGUGGCGAUCGGGAGCAUCAAUUAAUAACCAUAUUGCCCUGAGGAUCAUAGCCAGUAAACCCUUGGAUUACUUCCUCAAGUUAAAGCCAACAAUUGAUGAAGAACUCUCGCCGGAAAAGUUGAUAAGCCUACCCAAAGACGACUUCCGCCGAGUGGCCCAACUGGAGAGACAUCAAGGCGAACGUCAGCCCUCCAACUUCUUCCAGCAUGUCCUGAUGGCCCGCUUUUUGACCCGCUGCCUCAAGGCGGGAGGUUACUUUGGCUCGGACCCCAAGCAGGACCAGGUCCAAGUCAUAUGCUCCUUGGUGCUUCGCAGUCUGCAGUUCAUCCAGUUCAACACUCACGAGGUGGCCGAACUGCACAAGUUUAGCUCCUCGGGAAGGGAGAAGUCCAUCUUCAUUGGUGGCGCCAUCUACCCGACCCUGGCCCUGUUCAAUCACUCGUGCGAUCCCGGAGUCGUGCGCUACUUCCGUGGCAGCACCAUCCACAUAAACAGUGUCCGUCCCAUCGAAGCUGGACUCCCAAUCAAUGAGAACUAUGGACCGAUUUACACGCAGGACGAAAGGUCGGAGCGACAGGCUCGUCUCAAGGAGUUGUACUGGUUCGAGUGCUCCUGUGAUGCCUGCAUCGAUAAUUGGCCCAAAUUCGAUGAUCUUCCACGGGAUAUCAUCCGUUUCCGAUGCGAGGCUCCGAACAAUUGUGCUGCCGUUAUCGAGGUGCCACCGAGCUGCAAUGAUUUCAUGGUCAAGUGCGUGACCUGUGGCGAGAUAACUAACAUCCUGAAGGGUCUCAAGGUCAUGCAGGACACUGAGAUGAUGACCCGAACGGCAAAGAGGCUCUACGAAACCGGAGAGUACUCAAAGGCCCUUGUUAAAUUUAUCGACCUGAUCCGGAUUAUGUACGAAGUACUGGCUCCGCCCUUCCCCGAUUUCUGUGAAUCCCAACAGCAUCUCAAGGAUUGCUUCCUGAAUCUGGGCAAUGUUUACACUCUGGAUUAG